GCCUAGGUUUAGAUCAAAAAUAAAUAUAUAUUUUUUUUCUUUUUCCGCAAGAAAUCUGAUUGAGGGUAGGAGUGCCGUGAGAAAUCACCUCAAUAACUAUGGCAAAGGAUGAUGAAGACACACAGACAUCAUCGAAGGACAAACUUGCCAAGGAGUAUUAUUUGGGUUCUAGUGAUGCACCGGGCAACGUAAUUACGCCAAUAAAAUUACGUGGCUCAAAGAAUUAUGAUGAAUGGGCAAAAUCAAUACGCAGAGCCUUGAUAUCAAAACGAAAAUUCGGGUUCAUUGACGGGACGAUCACGGAACCAACUUCGAAUCCAGAUAGAUUAGCAGAUUGGAUAGCGGUUCAUUCCAUGUUGGUGUCGUGGAUAACUCACACAAUAGAGGAAGGUUUGAGAUCGACAGUGGGAGAUUAUGAUGAUGCUGCAGAGUUAUGGCUUCAUCUUAAGAAGCGUUUUUGCGUGAUUAGCGGUACUCGAAUAUGUCAAUUAAAAACAAAGUUGGGUGAUUGCAAACAAGGUAAGGGUGAGAGCAUAACUGAUUACUAUGGGAGGCUGUCAACAUUAUGGACAGAGAUUGUUCAAUAUGCGCGUACACCUAAGUGUUCGUGUGGCUCGUGCAAAUGCAAUAUCGUAGGACAUGUCGCUACUAUACAACAAGAGGACUACCUACAUCAUUUUUUGAUAGGUCUUGACACUCCGUAUGAGGCAAUUCGGGCACAACUUCUAGCCCAAACACCACUACCAGGGGUCGAUGAAGCAUACCAAACUGUCAUUAAUACUGAACGUAUGCGAGAAGAGAAUACAUCAGGCAGAGAAAAUGUGGUGGCCUUCAAAGUGGAUGUGCGUGGCAAAAACAGGUACGAGGACAAUAGCAAUAAACUUUGUAACCAUUGUAAUAGAGUGGGACAUGAUGAGGAAGGAUGCUACCAAUUAAUAGGAUUUCCGGAGUGGUGGCCUAUUGAUCGCAGGGGUGGUACAGGUGCUGGACGAGCAGGAAGUCGAGGUGGCAGAGGGGGAUGGUCUGGUCGAGGUAGAGGAGUAAGCGGAGCAAGCAGUAGCUCUGGAGCAGUGGAGAAACCUCCUGUUCGUGCCAAUAUGGUAGCAGGAGGUACGAAGGCACAAAGGGGUACUGAUAAUGGGCUAACUGAGGGACUUGCAGGGGUUACAUCAGCUCAAGUACAGCAAAUAUUAGACCUAUUAACUUCAAAAGCUAAAACAAAUUUACAGGGACCAGUUGACGAGGAGGAUGAUUGGCCUAGGUGAACGAGAAGAUGGAUUGUAUUUUUUCCGUGGUGUUCCGUUGGUCAAGGUGCGUACGGUUUAGACAGAGUGUGUGGUGGAACUGUGGCAUCAACGAAUGGGGCAUCCGUCGGAGAAAAUUGUGAAGCUUCUCCCUCCUGUGAGUAAUGCUGUUAGAAAGAAUAAUAAUGUAUGUGAUAUAUGUCCUCGGGCUAAGCAUACUAGAAAUAGCUUUCCUGUUAGUCAAAAUAAAGCUAAUAGAAUGUUCGAACUGGUACAUUUAGAUUUGUGGGGGCCCUAUAAGACACCUUCAUCUUGUGGUGCUCGUUAUUUUUUAACAAUAGUUGAUGAUUUUUCUAGAGGAGUUUGGAUUUAUUUGAUUCGUAAUAAAACUGAAGUUGAGUCUGCA